AUGCCCGACUCGAGCGAAGCGAAAGGAGCCACGGGGUCUGGGGCAGAGCCCCAGCCGCCGGAGGCACAUGCCCACCAUCUACAAACAAACACAGAGUCUAUUUACCAUCCACGAGUGGACAGUUUUUGGUUGUCUUUGAGGGAGUCGACGGCCACACCGAACAUGAGCUCGCCGAGGUCGGUCGAGAACUCGAGGACCUUGGCGGGGUCGUUGAAGUGCGUGACGGCAUUGACGAUAGCUUUGGCGAGUUUUUCGGGGUUCUUGGACUUGAAGAUACCGGAACCAACAAACACACCAUCACAGCCCAAUUGCAUGCAGAGGGCGGCAUCGGCGGGGGUCGCGACACCGCCGGCAGCGAAGUUGACGACAGGGAACUUACCAUUGUUGGCAAUUAGCUCUUCCAGAAGCUCUACAGGCACUCUUAGUUCCUUAGCCUUGGAUUCGAGUUGUUUUUUAUCGGUAAUUGCCAACACUUCGGCGAUUUCGUCUUUGAUAAGGUUGAUGUGGCUGACAGCCUCGGAGAUGUCACCAGUUCCGGCUUCACCCUUAGUUCUUAACAUGGCAGCACCUUCAUUGACUCUUCGUAGAGCUUCACCAAGGUUUCUGGCUCCACAUACAAAAGGAACUUUGAAAUUGUCCUUUGCAAUAUGGUUUACUUUGUCGGCGGGGGUCAGUACUUCACUCUCGUCAAUGUAG